AUGGCUCCCGUCGCUGUCUACGACUCGCCGAUUCUGCCCGCCGAUGGGCCUGUCAAGAAGGCGACAGGGAUCGCACUGACGAUUGGCUCGCUGAAGACUGCGCAAGAUGGGCAGUAUCAGCGGCUCGUGUCCGAGUUGGAGGCCGAGGGCGGACGGAAUGUGGAGCGCCAGAUGCUGGACCGACUGGUCGACAACGCGGCCACGUUGGGCCCCGGAGCGUAUUCGAGCGUGCACGUUGCCAUCGCCGGGGACGAAUACGAGGCCCUGCGGCCGAACCUGGCCAACCUGCUGACCCAGCUCCAUGCCGGCCUCGCCCCCCUCGGCACGCUGCACCUCCUCAAUCUCCCCCUCCAACUCGCGCCCCAGCAGGAAUUGACUCUCGCCGGCUUCGUCGUCCUCUCCUCUCACCCAUUCGUCGCACAGAAACCUUCGCACGCCCCUGGUGCCGCUCUCAGUCUCAAGGCACGCAAGUCCGCGAGCAAGAAGGCGCUCUGGACACUCUCCGCCCCCGGCACACCGACGAUCGACCCUGAUGCGCUCUUGACCGAGGCAGACCGCGCCCGGCCCGCUGGAUGUGAACCUGCCGUUCGCGGUGCUCCGAGGCGGAAGCGGGCAUGCAAGGGUUGCACCUGUGGUCUUGCAGAGCUUGAAGAGGAGGAGAGGAAGAGUGCGCCAGUCGUCCUGCUCGACGGCCAGAUUGAUGGCGUCGCACGUGCUGUACAGGGCGAGGAGAAGGAGCGGCUGCUCGCUGCCGCUAAGGCUGCACCCAAGGCGACAAGCUCAUGUGGCAGCUGUUUCCUCGGCGAUGCUUUCCGCUGCGCGAGCUGCCCCUAUCUUGGUCUUCCUGCUUUCAAGCCCGGCGAGAAAGUUGAGAUUGACUUCGGGAUGGAUGACAUUUAA